AUGACAGUGGGGUCAUUCAGGGUAGGUCUGGAUGUGACCUUUGACCUUGACUUCAGGACCACUAAGAGCAGUGGGGUUCUGCUGGGGGUCAGCAGUCAGACCACAGAUGGACUGGGAAUAGAGCUGCUGGACGGAAAGCUGCUGUUCCAUGUUGACAAUGGAGCUGGACGAAUCACAACAGAGUACCAGCCAGACGUGGAGGCGGACCUUUGUGACGGCCAAUGGCAUUCUGUGUCCGCCCAGAAGCUGCGUCACCGUCUGGAGCUUGUAGUGGACGGCAAAAAGUCCCAGGCUGAGAGCCCCAACACGCGCUCUAACACCGCAGACACCAAUGACCCCAUCUACGUAGGGGGAUUCCCCGAGGGAGUGAAGCAGGUUGGCUUGAGUGGUAGUUCCUCGUUCAGAGGGUGUAUGAGGAACCUGAGGAUCACCAAGGCCUCGAAGACCACAGAGGUCCACUUCAACAAGGCCCUGGAGGUGAAGGGGGUCCAGCCACUCUCCUGCCCCGCCAGCCCCCCAGCCGCAUGAACACCUGCUGCUAAAUACAACCUGCUCCUUCACCUGACCCUACCACACCUAGCCUUAGCAGUGUGAUGUCAUCAUGUUAAUGUCCCAGAGUGACCCCCCCCCCCCAUAUGCAUGGUGUGAUUCUCCCUGUUUUAAUGUACAUCUUUAUCAAAUACAUGUUGGAUUGCAUUUAAA